UCAACACGCCAACAGCUCCGAAAGUCCAAACUGCAUUGCCGACUUCAAUUUUCACGAACCUUGUUUCUUGUUUCUUCACCUUCUUCAAUUUCCAUGGCAACGACGUCAUCUCCAAUCACCGCCACCGGCGGCCAUUCAUCUCAGCCUUACGAUCGAGCCAAAGCGGUCAAGGAGUUCGACGAAUCCAAGGUCGGAGUAAAAGGCCUCGUCGACUCUGGCAUCUGCACCCUCCCUCCUUUCUUCGUUUUCCCUCCCGAGUCCCGUUCCGAUUUCAGACACUGUCCCGGAAGUGAGUCCCAAAUCCCAACCGUCGACCUCUCCGGAAUCGUCGAAAGCGACUCCUCCGAACGCCGGGCCUCCGUCGUGGACGAAAUCCGGACCGCAGCCUCCACUGUGGGCUUCUUCCAGAUCAUCAACCACGGCAUUCCCUUGGGAGUCCUGGACCGUACGAUCGCCUCAGUCAAGGCGUUUCACGAGCAACCGAUUGAGAUCAAGGCGCAACUGUACCAGAGGGGGGCGACGACCGGCGUGAACUUCAUAUCGAACGUGGAUUUGUACAGUUCACAAGCAGCGAGCUGGAGGGACACACUGCAGGUAAAGCUGAGCCCUCCCGUAGCUGAUCGGAGCCUGAUUCCAGAGGUGUGUAGGGCGGAGCUGAUGGAGUGGAACCGGCAGAUCGAAUGGCUGGGAGAGUUGCUGAUGGGAUUACUGAGCGAAGGGCUGGGAUUGAAGAGGGAGAGGUUGAAGGAGAUGACGUUCAACGAGGGAAGAAUGAUGGUGGGACAUUAUUACCCGUUUUGCCCUCAGCCAGAUCUGACGGUGGGGCUCAACACCCAUGCGGAUCCAGGGGCGUUGACGGUUCUUCUUCAGGACCACAUCGGAGGAUUGCAAGUUAGAAGCGGUGAUGGCUGGAUUGAUGUCAAAUCGCUCCCAGGUGCUUUGGUUAUUAAUAUCGGGGAUUUGCUUCAGAUUGUUUCCAACGAGGAAUACAAGAGUGCUCAACACAGAGUGUUGGCAAAUAGUUCGAAGGAGCCACGCGUGUCAGUGGCAGUGUUCCUGAACCCAGGUGCUAGAGAGGAUGUUUAUGGGCCAUUGCCGGAGCUGACAUCUGCAGAGAACCCUCCCAAGUACAGGACCUUCACGUUGAACGAGUUCUUGACAAGGUUCUUCAAGAAGGAGCUGGAUGGUAAAUCUCUCACAAAUUUCUUCAGGCUCUGAAUCAUCUACACAAUGUUUGUGCGAAUUCCAAAGCUUGUAAAAUGUUAUAGCACAUGUAUACCUGUGCUCCCCUCAAUAUUCAUGAACUAAUAAUAUAUAUACACAUUUACAAAA